CUCUUGUAUAAUUAGAUCUCUAAUCAUCUUCAUAUAUAUCUCUUGCUAUCACUAUAUUUAUAUCAACCAGCUUAUACUACGUAUACUCGUGCAGUCAGUUCAAGAUGCAGGCAUCUCAGAGCACUUCCGCUUUGCCAGGAGCAAUCAGUCAAUUCUGUCCACACUCAAUCCUCCCCGACCGUUUUCAUACCUGCAUCCAUCCAUACCACUCCCCAUACUCGGAGAACAACCUCCCAGCUUUGCUAUUCAGACUAGAUGCCCCAGAGCCCGAAGACCUGCCACCCGUCCAGAUUCUAAUGGAAGACGACCAGCCCAUGCGAGAUAUCGAAGGAAACCCAAUCCGCGACUUCGACUUCCUCCCCCGCUUCAUCUCCACCAGACCAGCCCCCUGGCUCCUCGAAUACUGGAUGCGAACUGACGCCCGCCUCACCUACCGCGACAUCAAAGCCCGCAUGGUCGGUCCCACAAAAGAUAAACCAGCAGACAACCUUCUCAACAUGCGUCGCGAGCGCGAAGCAAGAGCCCCCCUCGCCCUCUCCUGCUGGAACACCCGUCGCGGAAACCUAACCAGGGUCGAAGUCGAGCGUGUCGAGCGCUGGUCGGAAGAUCAGCUCACCUAUAACACCACCAUGAUCGUUGAGUACUCCGGGCCAACGGCUGAUAGUCAAUCCGUCCCUGCGUCUCUUCGCUCAAGAACUCUUACACCUGGACCGCCUACGUAUUACCGUCUCGAUGAGUUUCUGGAAAACGGCGAGGCGCAUGUCCCCAGUGAGCGACUGCGUGCUACACUGGCUUUGUAUCAUCAGCUGUCUGAGCGUGCUCAGCAGCUGGGUCUGAGAUCAUGGCAGCUUCUUCCCCAGGCUGAUCUGCCUCCGUCGUGGAGGGAGGUUCAAACACUGAAGAAGUUUACCUAUGCGACUGAGAAUUAAGGAGCGCAACAACGCAGCGUGCAAUUCCGCCAGGAUUUUGGCCUCCUCGCUUGGGAAACUGAGAACAAGAGAAGAAGUAAACUAUGCCCUGGUGGCAGUGUGAUGACGGGCACAGUCUAGACAGAAGAGUUGCGAGAAAGCCUUUUUUGGAAUCUAGUAAAUUUUGUUUGUGAGUGACGUCUGGGACGUGGACUUGGUUACAGAGCAUACAGGCCACGAUUUAUCGUGGUAGAAGAAUAGGAGACGGUGAUCUAUUUUGGGUUUACCUGUUUAUCUGUUGCUCUCUGCUCUUGUAAAUGUUGGGAGAAGGGCGGUUUAUAAGAUCUGUCAAUCUGUUUUCAUUUUGUAUACUGUUCGAAAUAUAUAUGGACGAU